GCUUCUCCGCCUCAUUUAGUUCUGACCCCUGGAUGGCAGUCCUCUCCACUUGGUAGUCCGCGGAGGUAUCCUUUCCUGCGCGCUUCAGGCCCCUCGAGGUCGCCACCUCCGAGAUUGCUGCGGGGCUCUCGGAAGCCCAAGACUGUCUUGAGGCGCAGCCGGCGCCGCCCUCCACCCUCCCUACCAGCAUUCCGAUUUCCGUGGUAACAUCUGGGAGGGAAAUGGUCGUGUUUUCGGUGCCCGCUGAAGUCACUGUGAUCUUGUUAGAUAUCGAAGGUACCACAACCCCGAUUGCUUUCGUGAAGGACAUUUUAUUUCCUUACAUCAAAGAAAACGUUAAAGAGUAUCUGCAGACACAUUGGGAAGAAGAGGAGUGCCAGCAGGAUGUCAAUCUUUUGAGAAAACAGGCUGAAGAAGACGCCCACCUGGAUGGGGCUAUUCCAAUCCCUGCAGCAUCUGGAAAUGGGGUAGAUGAACUACAACAGAUAAUCCAGGCCGUUGUAGAUAAUGUGUGCUGGCAGAUGUCUCUGGACCGAAAGACCACAGCACUCAAACAACUGCAGGGCCACAUGUGGAAGGCAGCAUUCACAGCUGGACACAUGAAAACAGAGUUCUUUGAAGAUGUAGUUCCAGCAGUCAGGAAAUGGAGAGAAGAUGGAAUGAAGGUGUAUAUCUAUUCUUCUGGAAGUGUAGAGGCUCAGAAACUAUUAUUUGGGCAUUCUACAGAGGGGAAUAUUCUUGAGCUUUUUGAUGGUCACUUUGAUACCAAAAUUGGACACAAAGUAGAGAGUGAGAGUUACAGAAAGAUUGCAAACAGCAUUGGAUGCUCAACCAACAACAUCUUGUUUCUAACAGAUAUUACUUUAGAGGCCAGUGCUGCUGAGGAAGCAGGUGUGCAUGUAGCUGUGGUGGUGAGACCUGGCAAUGCAGGAUUGACAGAUGAUGAGAAAACUUCCUACAGCCUCAUCACAUCCUUCAGCGAACUAUACCUGCCUUCCUCAGCAUAGAGGAAGACUUCCAUAGAAGACCAAACUGUUCCUCAGAGUUGUCCCCCUAGUGUCUAGUUUUAUUCUAAUGGCAAAGUAACUUACUUCUAUACGUACAUAUGUAUGCAAGUAUAUGUAUGUGUAUGCUCAUUAAUUUUCAUGGGCACAUAAGUGAGGGGGGAAAAAAGUCUUAAGUUCAGUGAAGAAACUUAUUUAAAGAUGCUCUAUAUGUAGAAAUAGUUUGAGACCCUAACAGUAACCCACAUUGAGGACAAAGUGUAGUUGAUAGAAGAAUACAGAUCAAAUGUGUUAUGAUUAUCAAAUCCUAUACCAAAAUGAGAACUUAGUUUUGAAAAUUAUUCAGAGGCCUAUUUUAAAUACUGGAAAUACUUCAGAGACAUUCUUAACAAUUCAUUUCCCUUGUUUAAUGGCGAGUUAGAAGAGUUACAAUAGCUGUAUUUCAUAUUUGCCUCCCUUGGUACAAAAGAUAAAGAUAUUUGUUUCUGCUCCAAAAGAGCAAAAUAAGGAAAGAAAAUUUACCUGAGUCUUGAUCAGUCAAGUAUUUGUUACUAAAGAAGAAAAUUACUAAUCAUGUGGCACCCAUAGCCAACACUCACCUUAUCAAUGAAAAACAUGCAGAUAUAACAGCUAAAAAGGAAAUGUGGUUCUUUAUGUCCAACAAAAUGAUUCUAAUUCUGCUGGUUUUACCAGUUGCCUUUCUAAUUUUAUCUUCACACGGUUUAAAAAUAUAUAUUAAUUGUUACUUACUAUUUUUUAAAAUAAAGUUUUGCUGAAAUUAGUUCAUAACACCCAGAAGAGCCCUAAUAUGUAAUAGUUUCUCCUUGAAUGUGAGAAAUGUAAAUUUUAUAACAGCAUUAUUUAUCCUGGUUCAAUUCUAGUAGGAUUCCAUGUCAGUUUUAUGUUGUGAUUAAUAAAAGUAUUCUCUUCUUUCAGUUUUA